GGGGCGGAAGGGGCGGGACGGCACUUCCGUGGCCUCGGGAGGGGAGGUCACAAAUCAAUUGAGUCAAAAAGCAUCCGGGAUUUUCUUCAGUUACAAACAAAAUGAAUCUUCCCGCGCUCCUACUGCAUCCUCACCAGCAUUUCCUAAAAGGCCUGUUAAGGACACCUGUCCCUGGUUACCACUUCACCUUUCACUCAAGUGCUCAUCUCCUGUCAGGAAUCCCGUGUGCUCAGCCAUUUAAGUCGCUUGGACUCCAUUGUACAAAGUGGAUGCUGUUGUCAAAUGGCUUAAGGAGGAAAUUAUGUGUACAAGCAACCUUAAAGGACCACAUGGAAGGACUUUCUGAUAAAGAACAAAGAUUUGUGGAUAAACUUUAUACUGGCUUAAUCCAGGGGCAAAGGGCCUGUUUAGCAGAGGCCAUAACUCUUGUAGAAUCGACUCACAGCAGGAAAAAGGAGUUAGCCCAGGUGCUUCUUCAGAAAGUAUUAAUCUACCACCGAGAACAAGAACAAUUAAAUGGAGGAAAACCACUAGCAUUUAGAGUAGGAUUGUCUGGACCCCCUGGUGCUGGAAAAUCAACAUUUAUAGAAUAUUUUGGAAAAAUGCUUACUGAGCGAGGGCACCGAUUAUCAGUGCUAGCUGUGGACCCUUCUUCCUGCACUAGUGGUGGAUCGCUCUUAGGGGAUAAAACCCGAAUGACAGAGUUAUCAAGAGAUAUGAAUGCAUACAUCAGGCCAUCUCCUACCAGAGGGACUUUAGGAGGUGUGACAAGAACCACAAAUGAAGCUAUCCUGUUGUGUGAAGGAGGGGGGUAUGACAUCAUCCUUAUUGAAACUGUAGGUGUGGGUCAGUCAGAGUUUGCUGUUGCUGACAUGGUUGACAUGUUUGUCUUACUACUGCCACCAGCAGGAGGGGAUGAAUUGCAGGGUAUCAAAAGGGGUAUAAUUGAGAUGGCAGAUCUGGUAGCUAUAACUAAAUCUGACGGAGACUUGAUUGUGCCAGCUCGAAGGAUACAAGCAGAGUAUGUGAGUGCACUGAAAUUGCUCCGCAAGCGCUCAGAAGCUUGGAGACCAAAGGUGAUUCGUAUUUCUGCCAGAAGUGGGGAGGGGAUCACAGAAAUGUGGGAUAAAAUGAAAGAAUUCCGGGACCUGAUGCUUGCCAGUGGGGAGCUGACUGCCAAAAGACGGAAGCAGCAGAAAGUUUGGAUGUGGAAUCUCAUUCAGGAAAAUGUGUUAGAGCAUUUCAGGACCCAUCCUACUGUCCAAGAACAGAUUCCCCUUCUUGAAAGAAAGGUUCUCAGUGGGGCCUUGUCCCCAGGACUAGCAGCAGACUUGUUGUUGAAAGCUUUUAAAAGCAAAGACUAAUGAAAUACAUCCUAUAUCAUGAUGCUACUUAUUGUUUCAUAAUGUGUUUUAAAAUAAAAAAAAUCACUUGUAUGUUUA